CUGUCCUCCUUUGCAAAUUAAGAAACCGCUACACAACAGGCUCCAGCGCCAGCAGCUUUGUUAGCAAAUGUGGACGUCCGGCCUCAACUGCUUGAUAGCACGGUUAAUGUAGAUAUGCUAGGUAUCAGAUAGCAUAUGUUUUAUUCUUCAGUUUCCCAAUCGCUGUGACUUACUGGCGAAGUCAUGGAAAAACAGCCAAGGUUAUUGUCAUCUCAGCUCUUACUGAAAAACAGGGUUUUUGAAGUCACCUUAAACCGUGCAUUACUAACAUGGAAGGAGAUACAGACCAAGAAAAAACGCGUCUAUGGGAGCAUACACAGUACAUUCAAAGUUGGAUUCUGCCUCUCUAAAGUUCUCAGCAAACCCAGCGGAGAGUCAGGCAGCUACUGUGUUCCCGUGCCCGAAAUCGUAGCGGUUCGAGAGGCGGAAGCGGACAGUCGGACCAAAGACGAGGGAAGGUGGCAGAAGCUGUCGCAGAAGCCUACUGAAGGAUAUCCAUGUGCUUUCACAGUGUCCUACGUUGAGAGGGGACGGCAGCACCGCUGGCGGUGCAGUGAUGUCACCUUCCACUGCUCUGAUUGGACGCUGUGUCAGCAAUGGGUCCAGAGCAUCAGGGAACAGCUGUUACUGCUGACCAGCAGACCAAAGCAUUUGCUGGUGUAUAUUAAUCCCUACGGAGGGAAACAACAGGGGAAACUGAUCUACGAGGAAAAAGUGGCCCCGCUCUUUUCCCGUGCCUCGAUAUCCACCGACGUGAUUGUUACUGAAUAUGCAAAUCAUGCCCGGGACCACUUGAAGAUGGAGGCGGACCUAAAGAAAUAUGAUGGGGUGGUCUGCGUCGGGGGCGACGGCAUGUUCAGCGAGAUCGUUCACGGGCUGGUCUCGCGAAUGCAGGCGGACUGCGGCGUGGACCAGAACUGUGCAGAAGAGAAGCUGGUGCCGUGCGGAAUCCGGAUCGGCAUCAUUCCCGCAGGCUCAACCGACUGCAUCUGCUACGCCACGGUGGGGACCAACGACCCCGCGACCUCGGCCUUGCACGUCAUCGUGGGGGACUACCAGCCCCUGGACGUCUGCUCGGUCCACCACAACAACACCUUCCUCAGGUACUCGGUGUCCCUGCUCGGGUACGGUUUCUACGGCGACGUGCUGGCCGACAGCGAGAGGAAGCGCUGGAUGGGCCCGGCCAGGUACAACUUCUCAGGUGUGAAGACAUUUCUGACGCAUCAUCACUAUGAAGGGACCGUAUCGUUUCUACCAGCUACAGAUAUCUUGGGGAAUCCGAGGGACAAGACCAAGUGCAGAGCUGGGUGCUACAUCUGCCAGCAUAACGGGAAGCUCCUCUCCGAGGAGGCGCAGCUCCACAAGAUGGAGGAGCCCGUCUCCUGCAGCGAGAUGGAGGGUGACUGGCGGGGUGGAAGUUCCUGGUCGACGUCGCGCCUGGAACUAACUGGACCUCCUCCUCCUCCUCCUCCUCCUCCUCUUUUCCUGCAGUUUGACCUGGCCUUCGUGGAGGUGCAUCGAGUGCGCAAGUUCCGCUUCUCCCCCACGCAGUGCGAGAGCGACCUGGAGCUGGACCUGAGAGGUGGCGGGGCAGGGGGCGGGGCAAGGGGCGGGAAGAGGCUGUUCCGGCAGAUCUGCAGAGACCACCCCGCUUGCGGCUGCACCCCCGUCAACAGCAGCUGGAACUGCGACGGAGAGAUUCUGCCCCAUGCCACCAUCGAAGUGGGGGUGCACCGCCAGCUGAUUCGCCUUUUCGCGAGAGGGAUCGAGGACCAGCCCCUGUUCGAGGACUUCUGCACCCCCUCCGUAAUAUAGCCCCCCCAGGGCCACGUCAGAAGGAGAGCCCUGCGGGAUUGGACAGGGCUCAGAGGUCACACAGAGAGGUCACACUGGCGGUAGCUGCACUGCUGUCGUGCUGUUACAUUCCUCCACGUGACACACCUGCAUUGUCCCCGCCCCCCCCCCCCCCCCCAGUUGUUACGGUGGCUGUGAUUGGUUGUUUGGGUGUAGGGGUGCCGUGUGUCUGGUACACUGAAGGAGGUGGGAGUCGUUUAGCAGAGGGAGCUCUGUGAACUCCCCCGGUUGUUUCGGUGGCUGUGAUUGGUUGUUUGGGUGUAGGGGUGCCGUGUGUCUGGUACGCUGAGGGAGGUGGGAGUCGUUUAGCAGAGGGAGCUCUGUGAACUCCCCCGGUUGUUUCGGUGGCUGUGAUUGGUUGUUUGGGUGUAGGGGUGCCGUGUGUCUGGUGCGCUGAAGGAGGUGGGAGUCGUUUAGCAGAGGGAGCUCUGUGAACUCCCCCGGUUGUUUCGGUGGCUGUGAUUGGUUGUUUGGGUGUAGGGGUGCCGUGUGUCCGGUACGCUGAAGGAGGUGGGAGUCGUUUAGCAGAGGGAGCUCUGUGAACUCCCCCGGUUGUGUCGGUGGCUGUGAUUGGUUGUUUGGGUGUAGGGGUGCCGUGUGUCUGGUACGCUGAAGGAGGUGGGAGUCGUUUGGCAGAGGGAGCUCUGUGAACUCUCUGUUGGCGGCGCGCGUUUAGCCGUUGCCUUUUUCACUUAACCCCGCAGACCGAGUUUCGGGUUCCUUUUUCUAAGGACCCGUGGCUGAGACAGAGGAGUCAGGGUUCCUGGACACAGGUGUCCAAGGCAAGGCCACUCUGUAUUCUCCUCUGGGCUUCCCGUUCCCCCUUGGGUAAAACGGCCCAUUUAUUUGUCUGACUGUAACAUUAUCAAGUAAGUUAAUGUAAUCUUGGUUGUGUACGUUCGCUUUUUCAGUUCAGAAAACAAGCAUUUAUCAGCUUAUUUUAAACCAUUUAUUUAAACACCGCUGCCUUGCCACAUCCCAUAGAAAAAGUGAAUUAUUCAUGCUACGAACUUGCUACAAAUUAUUCAGAGCCAAUGAUGUGCUUGGGGGAAAUGGUCCAAAACUACCAGAAAAGCAAUAAUUCUGCAUACUGUUAUCUCAUAUUACCAUGUUGAAUGCACAUCUUAUUUAAAUGACCGAGUGUACAUUUAAUCUCCAUUCAUUAUACACAGGUUUUAAGGCUUUUUUUGUCUCCCAAUCCAGUGUACCGGACACAUAUUUUAGUCUCUGUCAUCACAGUGACAUGUGAUGCAAAGACAUGUCACGCCUGUGUAUGGUUAAUGCUUUUACAAAACCGACACCCAGCAAGCAGUUCACAGGGGAGCCACUGUUUUAACUGGCGUGGUAGCAGUUUGUAGCUCGAGCAGUGUUGUGUUGAUAAAUUUCUGUUGCCUGCACUGAAAAGAUCACUAGUUUAACAGAUGGGGUCUGAAUAGUGAAUCUGCUAGAUAUCAAUGUAACUUCAACUGUAGCACCAGUUUGCAAGGUUCUUAAAAAAAAAAAAAAAAAAAGAACUCAGCAAAGGUAAUCAGCAAUUAUGAAGUUAUUUUUUUUAGUGUUGCACUGCUUGUCUUAGAAUGUUAUCUGGUAUUAUCCUUUUACAGAAAGUAUUUGUAGGGUCUGUAUCUUCCUGUAGCCUUGCCAUGACUGAAGGAAGUCAGCACUGGUUUUGGAGUGAUUUGGAGGGGCAGGGAGGGAGUGGGGGUUCAGUGUGUAAAGUAUACCUUGGGUUGGUCCUGAAAAUGAGAACAUAACUGCAGAUCCACCAUGAUCCUCAAACAUAUAACCAAUUGGCUCUUUAAACUCCUUAGUCCUCUGACUAUGGGAAAUGGAAACAAGACCAAGGAUAUGUAUUGACCAAAAUGUAGAGUAAAAGGCCAAGAUUCCUGCAUGCUGCCUACCUUCCUAUCUGAACCGGUUGCGAUUCAUUUUAGAUGAUAAAUCCUUAUGCCGCAUUUGGCAGAAGAGAUUAAUUUUUUAACUGGACGGAGGUGUCCAUCUAAUUUUCAUUCUCAGGAGCAGCCCCAGAUAUUGGUGAUGUGGUGCGGCAGUAGCAGGGCCUUGCACCUUGGCACUUUUAAACUGUUAAGGUAUAGAUCUCCUUCGACCCCUGAGACAUAGACCUCCAGCAGAGCUGGCCUCUGACUGGAUCUAUUCCGUCAGUGUGUUUGUCCCAUGUAGACACUGGUUCAACGAAAUCAUGAAAAUGUCAAUUCAUGAAUUCACCGGUUUUGAUUUUUUUUUUUUCCUGUGCAGAGAAUACCUGUUACUCUUUUAAGGAUGUAGCUUACUGCUGCUAUGGCAAAAAAAGUGUUUAGAAAUAGAUGUGUGAUCUAAUUAUGUUUUUUUUCUUUUGGCUUUAACGACAAUAGAAAAUAUUGUAGCAUUUCACUGUGGAGAUGAACUGUGCUGAAGUGCUGUGGAGAAAACUGUAGCCAGUCCCAUUCCCGAAUCGUAAACCUUGUAAGUGAUGGAGUAUUAUUGCCUUUCCAGCACUCCAGUUCUUUUGAAGAGGGGCUUCACCAGAGGCAGCAAUGCACAAAUCCAACAGUAAAGUCUGAUGUGCAUAAACUCACAUUUGUUUAUCACAUCGACAGUUUUUUAAAGAAAACCGAUCUUCAUACGCAUCUCAGCUUCAAACAAAAUGGUUUUUUUUUUCUUGUUUGUUUUUUUGAGAAGAAAACUUUGGAAACAGUUUAACUGGACACGCCAAACAUUUACAACUGUAAAUAGUCUUGUAAACACCACGUGCUUGCUAUGUGCAUGGUCCUUCCAAAUGACUACUUUCCAGGGGAGUUAAUGUGUACUUCUGAGUUUGUUUUUUCACAGACGUUUUAAAAUGAUGUCAAGCUGUAGAUCAGAUAUUAAAUUAUAACCAUUUAAUCAUGUGCGAAUACUGCCUUGGGGGUUCAGCUUUGGAAGCUGAAACUCCAGCAGGUUAAUCUGUGUAAGUUUUCCAUACAGAAAGGCAUAAUCAUAUCUGCCAUUCUUGUGCUUCUUUGGAUAUUUUACAAAUGUACUGCCUCAUAAUCAUCAGUUUUAUUUUUCAAGUUUAUAUAAGGCACCUCACCUUAUUUGUAAUUGAUAUCCAGUAUUGUGAAUAAUCAAUAUAUUUGCUGUAGUAUGCUCUGGACAGGUCAGGUUGGUCUGUGUCUUCAUCCCUGCCAAUGGGUUGAAGGUCUUUAACUUAUUGAAGGUUUAUUCCGGGUUGUGAGGUGUUAAUGGUCUACAGGGAUCUGGGAAGCCUACUGGACUGGCCAUCCAGGACCUUGGCUAAGUAGCCUUGGAUACUGAGUAUGUCUUGUGUACAAGUGUCGAUUUGGGUUUGAGUUGGAGCCUUCAGUAGGCUGAGUGUAUGACUGCUUAGUUAACUGGGUAUGAGCCUAGAAUGCUCUGUGUGUGUGAGCAACCGAGUAGUUUAUGAGAAUUUAGUUGGCUUUGAGCAUGAGCCUUGAGUAGUCUGUAUGUGAACAUUUAGUAGGUUUUUAGGUGUGCAUUGACUGUGUGAAUAUUUUUGUUUGCUUUUAUGUUGUAUUUUGGUCUGAUCUCUACAAACCCAGUAAACUCUUUAACUACAGUAACUCAACAGUGUUGUAACUGUAGAUUCAGUUUCUCAGCACAUUAGUUUGCCUCAUCUUGGGUGUAGAGGAGUGUUGCAUGUAGAGUAUUCUCAGACUAAAUGCUGUAUUUUGGCGUUCCUAGCCUGUGUUGUUCCCUGUUCGUGUUCCCAUCAGUUUUUGGGGACUACAGUGUGCGAUGAAGUGUUCCUGCCUCUCCUUUCAAUUUCUUAAUUUUUUUAUUAUUUUUAAGCAGGUGGGAAAUCAGCAGAUUGUAGAGAUUGUAUAUGGGGUGGCAUGUACCCAAUGUGUUUUUGCCCUCAGAUAGUCUUAUAUUAAUUUUCCAUUGCAUUCUCAGUGUGGCAGAAUUUGAAGCCUAGGUCUCUCAUUCUCGGAAAUCUUGUCCAUUCGCAUUAGUUGAAGAUUGCAGUCUUGCAGUGUGAAGGCAAACCAUGACCGAGCCUCCAGAUGUCACACCACGACAAGGUCGCUGGAUGGACGAGUGGCACACAGAGAGGCUGAGGGGAUGGGUUAGCAAUAACAAAACUGAUUGCAUUUAUAUAGCACCUUGGAUCUCAAAACACUGUAGCGAAGGGUGUGGGGGGGGGACUUGAAUCACUCACCAUCAGUGUAGUGAGAGUGAGGUGAUGGCAGCAGAAACUAGCUCCAAAAGUGAGAUUGGGGGAGGGGGGGGGGCACAGGGGAGGGCAAGGACACGGUGUAAAAUAGGCUGAGGGAAUUGCGACACCCCCAUUUAGAAACGGGCAGGGGUGGUGCGGUCGGUCAGGAGCCUUGCCGGCUUGUGCGAUUGUUCUGAAUGGUACACCAGGCAGCCAUCCGACAGCUGCUCCUCUCUGCGGCCAAGAUCCUGUUGCUCUGCAAAAUUGCAGCUAUACAUCAGCCGUCCUGACAACCCCUCUUUGGAUGGCAGACCUAAACUCUUGAACCAUGGCGUCGCAGUUGGAUAUUUGAUUUCUGUCCAGGCCCAUUAGAAGCUCAUUUGAAAUAUUCAGGAUAUGGUGGGGUUUUUUUCCAUUUUAACUCCUUCACACUGAAUGCUAGAGGGAGAUGUAGUGCUAAUCUCCACUCUGAUAACAUAAGCAUCUGCUGAUUUUAUGGAGUCCAAUGCCCAGAGGACCUGUUGUAUGUUAUUGCAGGGUCUGUCAUGGGCUCAGGGGAUUGGUGCUUGCUGACAGUACAUUGCUGCAAAAAUGCAAUAGUUGAGUCACCUGAAAAGUUUCUUUUUUUCCAGUAGCAGCAGCUGUGUUUGCUAACAGACCAAUACCACUGUGCUGCCUCAAAUCAGCAGUGACAGGAACAUCAAUCUUCAUUGGAGAGUAUUAUUUCAAUAAAUGGGUUUAGAGAUGACUGAAAACUGAAAAUUCAUGAUGUGAUGCAAGUUUUAAAACAGGAACUAAAAUGAAAUAGAACUUCUCGAUCUUGCGGGUUUCAAGACAUUGAAAGUGUAGCCUUUGGUUUAUACUUUGUGGGGAAUGGUAUGAUUCUUUGGAAGUGAAUAAUAAAGGUCAUUUGAAAAUAACAAAA